AUUAUAGUACAAGUUAACUAAACAGGUACUUUUUUAUGAGAAUGCUAAACUAAAAUGGGGAACAAUAACUCCAGUACAUAUCAACCUCCCUCACCUCCCCCACUUAACUCACCCCCUUAUACAUGUGAUUCAACACCUUAUAUUAGAGAUGACAGACUUUUAUUCCAUCCUAUUCAUGGAAAAAAUAUCACACUAUCUCAUGACCGAAAGAUUGCUCGUAGAACAAGUAGCUUUUGUUAUGGAGUUGCCUUCAGUUCUCGACCAAUCAGAAUCAACGAAAGGAUCAGCAUUCGGUUGGAGACCAUUUCAACCAUGUGGAGUGGGGUUAUGAGGUUUGGUGUGACAUGUGUUGACCCCAACAGCCUCAAUCCAAAUGACUUGCCACGAUAUCUUUGUCCAGAUCUCACCAACAAACCAGGGUUUUGGGCAAAGGCAUUAUCUGAUGAUUUCGCAAUAGAAAAUAACGUCAUUUCAUUUUUUGUUAAUCAUACAGGUGAAUUACAUUUCUCUGUGAAUGGAAAUGAACAGGAAACUUUUAUAUCUGGAAUAAAUUUAAGAAGCCAUCAACCAAUAUGGAUGGUAGUUGAUGUGUAUGGUAACUCUACUGCUUUAAGAAUCAUGGGCAAUGGAGUAAACAUCGAACACCCAAUGGAUUAUUGUGGAUCAUCACCAACAAGACGAAGGCAUAAUAACCCAAGGCAAUCCAGGCAAAACAUUGUAUCAUCUACUUUGGACGAUUUGCGACAAAUAUUGCCGCCAUCUUUGCUCCCAAAUAAUUUGAGUCGGUCCUCCUUUUCGACACAACAUGGAAAUGACAUUGCAUUUCCCGAUCCUUACAAUGCAAUUAAGGGUUGGAGAUAUGUUGGUGGCAAUAUUGUGUUUUCAGGCAAACCAUAUUCAUCCGGAGAAAGUUGGUUCCUAAAAGUCAACAGCCAACGUCCGACUAAAAUUCCAGUACUGGGUGUUGGUAUAACCAGUUGUAACCCGGAUUUUAUUGAUAUGGAAAGCUUGAAUGGUAACGCGGAUGAUUUAAUGGAUAGAUUGGAAUACUGGGUGAUGCACGAGGUAUUUCCAGCCCCAAACGUUGGUGAUUUUUUCUCUAUUACAUUGAGCUCUGAUGGUUGUGUUAUGUUCCAAGUUAUUGGUGGCGAAGAACAAAUGUUGUUUCAUUGCGACACUUCGCUGCCUCUAUGGUUCAUCAUUGAUAUGAGGGGAGACAUAUCACAUCUCAUAUCAGUAGCAGCCUCCACAGCUACUACAAGAGAACCUCGGAAUUUGAGCCCAUUACCUCCUGCCCCUGGUAUGAGUGCACAUCUUGAAACAGGAACAUCUGUGGAUGACAUUCGUUAUGAUUUGAACGUGGAUCUAAAUAUAGACAGAUUGGCUGAAGGUGCUGCACAAAUGUUUAGCAAUAUUACCAGAGCUAACUUGGUGGCAAGUGAAGAUGAAGAAGAUUCUGUGGACGAAGACUUUGUGGAUGUUCCAGCAGGAAAUGAUGUUGAAAUUCUUCCAGGAGCUUCUGUUUCAACACAAGGAGCAUCUGGGAUCGCUCCUCCUGAUGUUAGGGAGGCAGGGAGUAACGAUGGUGAGAAAAAGGAUUCUGAGUGUUCUUUAUGCGUUGACGCUCCGGCAAAUUACGCGAUUUACGAUUGUGGGCACGUUUGUUUGUGUGAGGCUUGCUCAAAAAAGUUGCUUCAAAUGGAACGUUUUCCAAAAUGCCCGAUUUGUAGAAAACCAAUCAAAGAUGUUAUGAAGCUGUAUCAUAUUUGAGUUUAUUUUACGCUGUGUGUAUUUGGUGAUACAUUUUUUUUAUGGGUAUUGGGUAGCAUUCUGUGACAUAGUUGAAUUGAAGCCAGAACCCGCCAGAACGACAUUCCAGAAGCUAGAUAAAUAAAAACUAAGUUUACUCUAGCAGGGUUUAACAUAUGUUGCAAUAAAUUCAAUUACUUAGUUACAUGAAUAAACCUAUAGUUCCGAAAUCUAUGUUCUAAAAACUCCAACUUUCUUUUAUUUGAUGUGCAAUUAUUCUAGCUGGAUGAUUACAACUCUGUACUUCCAUAGUGCUGUAGUAACCUGUACAGAUGUAAGUUUUCUGGGUAUUUUGUCAAUCUAUUCUUUAAAUUUAUCUGUCCUGCUAUUGGUUUAGACGUGUGUUUCACAACAUUUUUACUCAACCCUAAAAACCUUAAACUUGUAACUCAAAAUCCUGUUAUUUUUAUUGUGUAAGGUUUUCUUCAUACUUGCUAUCCUGCAGCUCAUUUCAUGUAUUUACAAAUUAUGCAAAAAAAUAGAAAAUAUUAUUUGGUGUUACGGAAAGCUUAGAUUUACCAUCAUGCAUCACUUUUAUUUAUUCCCUGAGUGUUUAAAAACAACUCAAUAUUUUAAACAAAGAUGAAGUUUAAUUGUCCAUGCUUUAUUUAACAUUAGGUUAGUUAUGUGAUGUCAAAUCUUUUAAAUUGCUUCUUUUAUUUAUUUUUUUAUUCGAAAGUCAUUUUUAAUGGUUAUAUUCGUGUUAAAUUCUGAAUAUUUUUUUAAUUAUUUGCUUUAAAUUUAUUUUCACUGGUGUUAAAAUGUGCUUUUAUAUAAAAUUUCACUUAUUUAUCACAAAUUGAAGUUCUUUUUGUUUACUGUCACAGUUUGCCAUAAAAACAACCGUAAUGUUGCCAAUGUUUUCUAAAAACGUGAAGAAUGUUUAUAAAAGUUUACAGGAAACAUUGUUAUGUUGUUUAAUUAUUUAUUUCUGUAUUUCUACCGAUACAAUAAAGCUAGUUUGUUUUUUUUGUUAAAGCUCAGCUUUCUUUUCAAGUCACAGUUCAGCCACAACAAGUAUAAUAUGUUUUUACAUUAAACAAAAACUUGUGGUAAUAUAAAAAAAUUCCCCUUUCAAAUUAUUUUUUUCUGUACCCACAUUUCAGGCGGUAAAAUAUCUGUAUAGAAAUAUUAAACUAAUGCAAUUUUCUUAGAUGUCUAUUA